UCUAGUGAGAAAAUCUCUUUUUCUUAUCUCUCUCCCCCCUCGGAUUCAGUUUUCUGCUGUUCUUCGUGAGGCUUCUGUGAUCAUUUCUGGCUUCCUGCUAAUUAAUUAGGGUUUUCUGAUUGAUUUGGAAGAUGGUGAAUUUCGCCUAUGUAGUGGCUUCGUAUAGGCACAAUUUAUAGUAGUUCUAACAGAAUUUGGUACUAAAUGAGGUCUGGAAGAAGCCUUGUCUUCUGCAUCUUUUCAAAAUUUAUGUUUUGUUUAUUUUCAGCGAAGAUGGAGUUAGCUUGUGCAUUUUUGUUCUUAGUUUCUAUGCUGCCUCUAGUUGCCUCAGAUUAUCAAGGAGAUGCGCUUUUUGCAUUGAAAAAUGCGUUGAAUGGCAGCAAUCAGCUUUUAGAUUGGAAUCCAAAUCUGGUGAAUCCAUGCACUUGGAGCUCUGUUGACUGUGAUCGUAACAAUAAUGUUGUUCAAGUAAUAUUGGCUUCCAAAGGAUUAUCUGGAACCCUGUCACCGAGACUUGGAGUUCUGAAGUAUCUCAAUACUCUUGGUUUGCAAGGGAAUGAUAUAACGGGUAAUAUACCAGAUGAGUUUGGGAACUUGACAAGUCUGACCCACUUGGAUUUGGGAAAUAAUUAUUUAAGUGGAGAUAUACCCACAUCUCUUGGGAACCUCACUAAUCUUCAAAUAUUGAUUUUGAGUGAAAAUAACUUCAAUGGAAGCAUUCCUGAGUCUAUCUCAAAUCUUCCGAAGCUGAUUGAACUUCAGCUUGCAUUUAAUGACUUGAGUGGCAAAAUACCAGAGGCUUUGUUUCAAUUAUCCAAAUACAAUUUUACAGGAAACAAGUUGAACUGUGGUCCUGGUAUGCAGCAUGCAUGUGCAUCUGUUACUCCUGGUGCUAGUGAUUCUGGAAACACAAAGAACCUGAACUUUGGGGCUCUAUUUGGAACUAUUUCAGCUGUGCUGGUGAUUCUAGUUAUUGGAGUAGUGAUGUUUCUCUUAUGGAAGGGUAGGAAUAAAGGUUACAAACGGGAAGUUUUUGUUGAUGUUUCAGGUGAAGAUGACCGUAAGAUUGCAUUUGGGCAGUUAAAAAGAUUUGCAUGGCGUGAGUUACAACUCGCUACUGAUAUCUUCAGUGAGAAAAAUGUACUUGGACAGGGAGGUUUCGGUAAGGUGUACAAGGGAGUGCUUCCAGAUAACACAAAAAUUGCAGUGAAGCGCCUCACAGAUUAUCAGAGUCCAGGUGGAGAGGCAGCAUUUCUUCGAGAAGUUGAGAUGAUCAGUGUGGCGGAUCAUCGCAAUAUUCUGAGAUUGAUAGGAUUCUGUACAACGCCAUCUGAACGGCUGCUUGUUUAUCCCUUCAUGCAAAACCUAAGUGUUGCCUAUCGUCUACGAGAUAUUAAACCUGGAGAGAAGGUGUUGGAUUGGCAAUCAAGAAAGCAAGUUGCUUUAGGCACAGCUCGUGGGCUUGAGUACCUACACGAACAUUGCAACCCCAAGAUCAUUCAUCGUGAUGUGAAAGCUGCUAAUGUUUUACUUGAUGAAGAUUUUGAAGCAGUUGUUGGGGACUUUGGCCUUGCGAAAUUGGUGGAUGUUAGGAAAACAAAUGUGACAACACAAGUUCGAGGAACCAUGGGUCAUAUAGCACCUGAAUAUUUAUCCACUGGAAAGUCAUCAGAGAAGACUGAUGUUUUUGGUUAUGGGAUCAUGCUUCUGGAACUUGUUACAGGACAACGUGCAAUUGACUUUUCACGCCUUGAGGAAGAAGAUGAUGUCUUACUGCUUGAUCAUGUGAAAAAGUUGGAGAGAGAAAAGCGGCUGGAUGCCAUUGUUGAUCGCAACCUGAAGCAGAACUAUGACAGCCGUGAAGUGGAGACGAUGAUCCAGGUUGCCCUGCUCUGCACCCAAUCUUCUCCAGAGGAACGGCCAAAGAUGGCAGAAGUUGUACGCAUGCUUGAAGGGGAGGGCUUGGCCCAAAGAUGGGAGGAGUGGCAGCAAGUUGAAGUAGUUCGAAGGCAGGAGUACGAGAGAUUACACAGUAGAUUUGAUUGGGCUGAAGAUUCAGUAUAUAAUCAGGAUGCCGUACAGCUCUCUGGAGGAAGAUAGUUAUAUGUAUACUCGUCUGUUAUGAUGUAUAUGUACUUGCGAUCGAAUGUGGCAUGCUUGUAUCACUAUACGUGCUUGUUUUCCAUGUUUGUAUUGUAAAGUGCUUGUGGAACAUUUGGCUUUUUUUGAGCUUGCCAAGGGCUUCCACUUCCACUUCCACUUCCAAGUUUAAGUUGGUUAUAUUGUUAAUUGGCUUCUUAAUCUUUUGGGUUUUCUAUCGCAUUUGGUGGUUUGUACUAUGAUUCCAACUGCUUUACAGGAAUUGGUUAAAAAUAUAUACAUACUUUAAUUUUGUA